AAACAAAAAACAUCCCUUUGAAGAUGAAUUUGUUGCAUCUGUUGAUACAGUUAAUAAUUGGUGGGAGUCUAUAGAUCUUAAAAAAAAUGAAGAUAUUAAAAGCCUUGCUAUAAAGCUACAUUCUAUCUCUCCCCACAAUGCUGCAUGUGAGCGCGUCUUUAGCGUACUAGGAUGGUAUUUCAGAAAAAGACGAACUAGGUUAAGCCUUGACCAUCUAGAGAUUAUGGCCCAAAUGCAUUCAUUUUUAGUUGAAAAUAUUAAGUCAGAACUUAAUUAUGUGAAUCCAAAUCUUUGUAAAGAGGAUUUCAUGUCGAUUUUUAACAAAAUCGCAAGCUCUAUGGAAGAUGGUUCUGAUCUGUUUAGUGAAGAAGAUUCGUUUCUUUUUCUAGAAGAACUUUCUAAACAAAUAGAAGAAGACGUGGUUGAGCUUUCUGAAUUGAAUGAUUUCGUAGCAGAGAAUUCGACAAAUUUAGUAGUUGAAAAUCUUAUAAAUUUAUCAUCAAAGUUAGAGACUAAUGAGUCAAGUGCA